ACAUGACCUGCCCCACUACCUGUGCUCCCCAGUGACAACAUCUGUUCGCUGCUGACAGGCAUGAUUGCUUCUGGCUGAAUAUUAUGUAGUAUUUUUCGUGUCAUCCCGAUAGUAAUUCUACUGGUAAUCUCUAGAAAAUGGCGCUGAGGAAGGUGAAGGGGAACCUGGAGCGCAUGUUUGACAAGAACUUGACGGAUCUGGUGCGUGGGAUACGUAACAACAAGGAGACUGAGUCGAAAUACAUUUCACAAUGUAUGGAGGAGAUAAAGACAGAGCUGCGUCAAGACAACCUUGCUGUGAAGGCCAAUGCUGUUGCCAAGCUCACUUAUUUACAAAUGCUAGGAUAUGAUAUUAGCUGGGCUGGCUUUAACAUCAUUGAAGUCAUGAGCUCUCCAAAAUUCACCUACAAAAGGAUUGGAUACUUAUCAGCAUCGCAGUGCUUCCAUCAGGAUACAGAGGUCCUUAUGCUGACAACAAAUAUGAUUCGAAAAGAUCUGAAUAGUCAUAACAUGUAUGACUCUGGUACAGCACUCACUGGUCUGGCAUGUUUUAUCAGUGGGGAUCUAGCAAGAGACUUGGCUAAUGAUGUUAUGACACUGCUUACGUCAACAAAGCCCUACUUAAGGAAAAAGGCAGUUCUGCUUCUCUACAAGGUGUUCCUUAAAUUUCCUGAGGCGCUAAGACCAGCUUUUCCAAGACUGAAAGAAAAGCUUGAAGAUCCUGAUCCUGGUGUUCAGUCAGCAGCCGUAAAUGUAAUCUGUGAACUGGCUCGUAAGAAUCCUAAGAACUAUCUCAGUCUUGCGCCUGUAUUUUUUAAGUUGAUGACAUCAUCUACAAACAACUGGAUGCUUAUUAAGAUCAUUAAAUUGUUUGGUGCUCUGACUCCGCUAGAGCCCAGAUUAGGCAAGAAGCUGAUAGAACCUCUCACAAAUCUAAUCCACAGUACUUCAGCUAUGUCCCUUCUGUAUGAGUGCAUCAACACAGUCAUUGCUGUGCUCAUUUCUAUUUCUUCAGGGAUGCCAAACCACAACGCCUCCAUACAGUUGUGUGUGCAAAAACUGAGAAUUCUCAUAGAAGAUUCAGAUCAGAACUUGAAAUACCUGGGUCUACUUGCUAUGUCAAAAAUUCUGAAGACUCAUCCAAAGUCAGUUCAGGCACACAAAGAUCUGGUCCUUCAGUGCCUUGAUGACAAAGAUGAAUCCAUACGGCUCAGGGCUCUUGAUCUUCUUUAUGGCAUGGUGACUAAGAAGACUGUUAUGGAAAUUGUUCGGCGUCUCAUGACUCAUAUGGACAGAGCAGAGGGCACUAUGUAUCGUGAUGAACUUCUUCAAAAGAUUAUACUAAUAUGUUCGCAAAACAACUUCCAGUAUAUUACUAACUUUGAGUGGUAUGUAAGUGUUUUGGUGGAGCUGUGCCGGAUGGAAGGGACACAACACGGUGGUUUAAUUGCCAGUCAGUUGAUGGAUGUUGCUAUUCGAGUUGUUGCUGUUAGAGAAUUUACUGUUGGUCAGAUGGCAUUGUUAUUAGACAACGCUCAUGUAAUUGUUGGUCCUGCUGCAGCAAGGUCAUCUAUAGCAGAGGUGUUAUAUGCAGCUGCCUGGAUCUGUGGAGAGUUUUCUCAAUUGUUGGCAAAUCCAAAAGCUACUCUAGAAUCCAUGGUGAGAGGAAAGGUAGUUUCUCUUCCAGGACAUAUCCAAGCUAUAUAUGUUCACAACAUGCUCAAGCUCUAUGCUCAUAUUAUUGCUACAGCAGAGGAGGAAGAUGAUUCAGAAAUGAUAGAAGAGGUAACAAAUUUGUUGUUGGAGCGUUUGCCAGUGUUUGUGUCAUCUGGAGAUCUUGAGGUGCAGGAACGUGCAUCUUGCAUUGUUCAUAUAGUGACUUAUGUUCAGAAAUGUCACAAGCAUGGAGAUAAAGUAGGAGCAGAUUUGGCCCUUUUGAUGACAGGUGAACUUAAUCCAGUGGCUCCUAAAGCUCAGAAGAAAGUUCCUCUACCAGAUGGACUUGACUUAGAUGCCUGGAUCAAUGAUCCACCUUCAGAGAGUGAAGAAGAGGAGGAUGAUGCACUUGAGAAGGAGAUAUUUGUCAAAGCAGAUUCUUCUUAUAAACAUAGAAAGGAGAAGUAUGAGCCUUCAGAAGAGGAACUCCAGAAGCUUCGAGAUGCCAGGAGGGCAGAACAAGCUAGCAACCCAUACUAUGUGAAAUCAUCAGCACUGUCAUCUCCACGGCCAAAUCAUAACAGCAUACAAGUAGAUGAAAUUCCUGUAACAGCAAUUGACUUAAAUGUUUCCCUUAAGAUACCAGGUAUGACAUCAUUAGACAAGUACCAAGUGGUUGAUGGGUGGCAAGAUGGUGGGAAGAAGCGCCACAAGAAACAGAAGAAGCGAAGUAAAAGGAAGGGACAAGUAUCAUCCAGCAGUGAAGAGGAGAUAAAUCGGAUGCAUGUAGUAAAUACUGACAUUGGAGAAAUGCCUGAAGGGGCUCAUUUGUCCGAUGAUUAUGAAAUAGAUGAUCGGCCUGAAGAUGAUCCUCACAGAGCUCUGGAUAUUAAUCUUGAUGAACCUUUGUCACCGAAUGAAGUUCUUCCUACUAGGACACACUAUGAAGCACAUGCACAAAGAAAAAUAGAGAGUAAUAAUGAAGCAAAAUUGAUACCAUCAGAAAUUCCACUUAAGAUGAAAACAAGGAAUAAGAAAGAAAGAAAAGAAAAAAAAGAGAAAACUAAAAAAGUAAAGAAAGAAGAGAAAAAGGUUAAAAAGAAGCCAAGCAGAGAUGCAAACCUCAUUUUAGAUUUGAUUGAUCCACUCAAGGAAACAGUCAUAAGUGAUAAAGUUCCUGUUGCAGCUAACCAUAUAAAUGGCAUUGCUGAUGCUAAAAAUAAAGAAAAGACUUCAGAUGACUUGGACUUCUGGUUAUCUAAAGAGUUAUCACAGACACCUGAAUCUUGUAUGGAUGGAACAACAAAGACAGCUUCACCAUCUACACCUUCAUCAAGCAAAGAUGAUAGUAAAUCAAAGAAAACUAAAACGAAAAAAGAGAAGAAAGCCAAGAAAGAAAAGGACAGAGAUAAACCAGAAAAAAAACUGAAGAAAAAUGAAAAAGAAAUAGAUACAUUAAGCCGUAAUAGAGAUGAAUAUGAAGAGACUAAUGGAACUGUCACUCAAGAGGUGGAAGAGAAACUAGCAGUACCUGAGCCUCAACCUUACAGCAGAUUACUGGCUGAGGAUUCUCAUAUAAGAAUAGUUUACUCUACUGCAGCCAUGGAUGGUGUAAUGAGUGAAAUAUUGGUGUGCAUAAAAUUCAUCAGUCAAUCUUCUAAGCCUAUUAGCAAGCUACAGCUAAUACUACCUGAUUCUAGUGCCCUUAAGAUGAUACGAACAGAUCCACAAUCAGAAUUGGUUAAUCUUCCUUGGAGUUUAGAUCCAGGAGAAUCCAAGGAGACCCAGUUAUCUUUUACUGCUGAAGAUGUCACCAUUCCACACAAGCUCAGGGGUUCUCUCUCAUAUAUUCAGGAUGGCAGCAGCAGUAGUAGUGAUAUAUCUUUGCGCCUUGAAUUUCCUGUCACAACGUUUCUCUCUGGCAAGACAGCAAGUCGAGCAACUUUUACAGAUUUGUUAAGUUCUGGUCAGCUUUCUGCAAGGUCUUCCUUCACACUGCCAAAUUGCCCAUGGUCUUUCCCAGAGGUAUUGGAGGAAUUGACACUAGGAGGAAGUUUAGCAGUAGUGGAAUGUGUUGAUCAAACUGCUUCCUUGUAUGGGCGCUCCCUCCAUGGUCACCAUGUUUGUCUACUAGUCAAGUACCAGGCAUCACAUCACUUGACAAUAGAUGGCAAGAGCACAGAGGGAAUACUUUUGUCCAAUGCUCUGGAUCACUUAAAAACUACACUAAUGCAAAAACAGUAGCUGUAACAUAGGAUCUUCCUGUUUGCAAGUUGGGAAGAUGGCACUGUGCUCCUAAGUAAGGUCUUCAUCAGUUGUCUAUGCUAUACACUGUAAAUAUAAAUUUCUAUAAAUUAUAAAGUACUGUAUCAGGAAAAAUUAGUUUAGUUAGUUUAAUUUUUCUCACCUGUCCAAAAUUUUGGGAAGCUUUUUUGUUAAUAAGACUAUAAUAAAUACCGUUUUCUUUUAAUAGAAUAAGUACUGCGUAUAGAAGUCAGACGUGGAAUUUGCUGACCUAUUUUCGAAUUUUGUGGAACAAUAUUAGCUGUUGAAAUUCUGUAUGACUUUGAGACUUGCAUCAUUAUUUAUGGAAACAGAUUAAGUUAUAUAAAUUCAUAAUUUCAAAGUUACUGUAACUUGUUUUAUCAUAAAAUUUUGUAUUAAUAUGUUUUUUUGACAAUAAAAAUUGUAUCCCUAUAUAAUUUUUUGAAUGAAUACAUCUUAUUUAUGAUAAAUGUUUUUAAAAACUAUAUACAGUGGAACCUCAAAUAUCGAACUUUCUUUGGUCCAGAAGGCUAUUCGAGUGCCUUUACCAAAUGAAUUUAUUCCCAUGAGGAAUAAUGUAAAUUAGGUUAGUCUAUUUCAGACCCUCAAAAAUACACUUAUAAAAGCACUUACAAAAAUACAGUGGACCCCCGCAUAACGAUUACCUCCGAAUGCGACCAAUUAUGUAAGUGUAUUUAUGUAAGUGCGUUUGUACGUGUAUGUUUGGGGGUCUGAAAUGGACUAAUCUACUUCACAAUAUUUCUUAUGGGAACAAAUUCGGUCAGUACUGGCACCUGAACAUACUUCUGGAGUGAAAAAAUAUCGUUAACCGGGGGUCCACUGUACACUUACAUAAUUGGUUGUGUUGGAAGCAGUUCGAUUUUUGAGGUUCCACUGUACCUGUAUAUACAUUGGAAGAAUCUCAUCCGAGUCUUGUGUGUACUAAAAUAAAAGAAUUUUGCUCUUUUUCCACUUAACUGAUUCAGUUAAUUUUUGCAGGUUUCCAAGUCUUAUUUGAUCAGAAAUUACACUAUAUAUUUAACUAUAAUUAAUCUCGUCUCUCUCCUUCAUUUACUUGCAAGUGAAAAUUAAUCUUUUUAUAAAUAGUAGUGAGGUGUAUUGUGUAUUCUUUCGCACCCCCUUUUCAUGCUCCCUUUCCCAGUGUUUAUGAGCCAUUUCUAUGAAAAUGCUGUUCUUGCAGUAAGUUUUAAGUGAAUCAACUUAAAAGCAUAAUUCUCAUUUUAUACAUAAUUUCAGCAGUAUGCAGUUGAAAUAAUCAAUAUUUUAUUACUUUACCACUGUAAAUAAAAAGUAUGAAAGAUACUUGGGAAAAGUAAAAGAUACUUGGGAAAAGUAAGAGUAUAAAAAGAUGGUUAAAACCUGAUGGUUUGGAUACUGUAUGUGGCUUUGCGAGUAUUAUCAAAUAGUACGUACACAUCUUACAUUACCGAUACUGCGUAUUGCUAAACUGCUUUACUUCAUUAGAAAAUAACUUUCCAAUGUAUGCAGUGUGUGUGUGUGUGUGUGUGUGUGUAAUAUCUCAAAUAUUAUUGCAACUGUUUAUUUUAAGGAAUUGGCCUGGCUAACUGUGGAAGGAAAUAAAAAUGGUAUUGGUUUUAGAAGAGUCUCACCAGUGCCUUGCAUGGGCUUAUUUUGGGCCACAGGCAGCCUUCCUUGUGCUGACCUGAUUCUGUUUAGACAUUCUCCUCAUACCUAACUAUGAGGCAUUAUCCAUUUUACUUUCUCUGUAUCUAGGUGAUAUAAUAUUCCGCUUACAAUUAUAGUGAAACUAACCUUUUGUCCAGCAUGUUAGACAGGGUUUCAAGAGGACUGAAUAGCUAGUUAUUUUUUAUUACAAGGAAUUAGAUAUAAUUGUGUGCUUUCAUUUUUUAUGUAUUAUGAAAUUAAUGAAAGCUUAAUGUAUAUAAAAUCCAAGUUUAAAUUUUGACAGUUUGAAUAGUAAUUGAUUUGGUUAAAUCAUCUGUAUCACUUCUCUUAAAUUGUUUCAUGCAGUAAUGCAAGUGAUAACGUAGGUGAAAGGGAGGACAUCUGAAUGAAACCCAGAGCCAAUUCACUCCAGUGCCUGCUUGCAUCAAGCCUCAAAACUUUGAACAUUGUAGUUAAUCAGGUAAAGGCGCAAUUUUCUUUUUAAUUAAAAUAUUAAUAGAAAAGUGUAAUUCCCAUGAAUCUUCCCAACUUCCUCAAUGUAGGUGGUGUUGCUAGGAAAUAAAGAUCUGAUUUGAAAAGAGCUGAUUCCUAGGUUAGUUAAUUUAUUGUUUUUUUUAUUAUGAAUGAAAAAUAUCUUGGAUUUAAUGAUUAAACAUGACCUAAGUAUUUACAUAUUUUUUUAAAUAGAUAAUACUGCUAAGAAUGCUGUGAGUUGCAAAAUUUAUAAUAUUUACUGACUGAUUUUGGAUGAAUUAAUCAGUAUUUACUUCCAAUGAUACCCCUCUUAUUUUUACAUAUCUAACUUGUGGUGUUAAAUUACAUAUAUUUUUAUAUGCUUUGCAAUUCCUGGUUAUGGCGACUUCAAGGGAUGUGCUUUGAUGCUGGUAAAGGGCUCUUAAUUCAAGGAAUUGGAGCUAUCUUCCUGAUAACCCCACCCUUCUUAAUUCCCAGAUGUUGCAUGACCCUUAAGGGUUUAACAUUUGCACACAAAUAUAAUAAUCCAGUAAUCUUAUUGCUGGUGACUUAAGUGUUGUCAGAUAUACUCAGGCUUUUCCAGUGAGUACUUAAGAGACUGUAGUUUAUGUAAAGGGUCUCAUAAAAAUAACUAAAGCUUUUUUUUUAUUAAUUCAUUAGAUUUUAGUACAUUAGAGUAAAUAUCCCAUGAAGAAAUUGAAAUUUGAAGUUAUGUGUUUUAUAAUGUGUGCAAAAGUGAGCAAGUAUGGAGACAAGUUAUAAACUGUGGUUCAGGUAGUACCAUGACUGUAAGAACUUGCAACAGCUUCUCAAAUUAUAGUCUAAAAUUUGAUGACAUUUCUUUUUUCCCUUUAAUAACAAAAUCCCAUUCAUGGUAAAGGAAUUGUGUGUUUUAUCAAUACGUUGGGCCACACUGGCUGUGGCUACCCAUGCUGUGUUAGCCAGGGAUUGGUAACUAAGCAAAUGCAUUUUCCAUGUUCUUACCAUGCGUGGCGACCUGCAUGUAAUCUGUUUCUGCUUCCUUGAGUUUUUUUUUUUUUAAUGGUUAGAAGUAAAAUGGGAGGUUGAGUUAUGAUGCUACUGUAUUAGUUAAGGACUUACUUUGCUGUGCUUGGUGAUGGGUAGUGGGAUGGAGAACUGAAGUCGUGUUGUCAAUAAAUCAAUGUACUUCCUCUUGUAGAUUGGGUUUAUUGGUUUUUUUAAAGAUACAUUAACAAUAAAUAUUGUACUUUUGAGAUGCAUGAAGCUGGCAACCAGGUUUGCAGGAUCUGACUGGAGUAAUGUACCUGCUGAACCUCAUUUGUUUAACCUAUAUCCCCUCAUCUUUUUACCCCAAAAAGCUUCGAUGCUGGUGAAGAGUUCAUCAAUGUUCCUUCUGUGCGAAUGCUCAGCAUUGUCAAGUGUCACGCACUUGACAAUGCAGUGAUGUCAGCUUUAGUAGUUGAUAACUUGUUUAUAUAUAUGUUGAUUGUUUAAUUAAAUCAUGCUGCCUAUUCAUUUACUGUAUACUUUUACAUACUUAUAUGCUAUGGUAACAGUCAUUGUUACUACAAGUAACACACAGGUGUACAUGGCUUACAUAUUUGUGCAAGGUAUUUAAGCUACAUUUCCUUUGGAUCAAAUUCAAUUAUCUGGUCUAGUCACAGGUGGUGCUGCAAGGGUAACAAGAGCCUUCAAACUGGUUUCAGGCAUGCACCUUUUGAUUUCCCAGACACUGUAUGAUCCUUAUCAAUUUAUGGCUUCCUUUGAAUGUUAAUAAGGUCUAGAACCCCAUAGAUCCUAAAUUAAGACAGCACAUUAUCAGAUGCAUAAAUCUCAUGGCACAUUCCUGAAACAACCAUCAAACACUAUUAUGCUAAAGACCUAGUUGAACUUGCUUACUCCAGUCAGCUGCAACCUGACCUCCCUCUAGGCAUUUUUGUUUCCUUUGCCCCUUCUCAGGUCCUUUAGAUCCUACAGUCUAGACUUCAAACACAUCUCUGCCACUGCCAGUGAAUCCUGAUGUUAUUGAUCAUUUGCUUAUGUCCCAUCCAUGAUGCAGGUGCUGAAGUUCUUAGCGAAAAGAAUCUGGCUUACUUGCUGUGACUUACCCCUGUAGCAGAUGAGUUUAUCAUCUAACCUCUACCCACUAACAGCACCUCUUUGCCAAACAAUGCUGGGUGAUCCAUACAGGUUUAUCACUCGUUUUGAAUGAGAUAAUAAUUCUCGUCUUGACUGUUUUUAAGAUGUAAAUAGUAGGAUUGUUAAGUUUCUGACAAUCCUUACUUUAUCAGCUCACAUGGAGGGAUGAUUCCCCAAAUAGCUGUGGGAUUUACUAGGGUGCCCUUAUAGACCAACUUUUGAUUGCUCAGAUCCUCUUGAGCACAUAUUGUCUAUCACUCCUUAAAUGCUCUGCUACACUUUUAAAGUCCUGUCUGUGUUGUAGAUUCACUCUUGACUAUUAAAUUAUGACAGGCUUAAAACAGACUGACUUUUCGUUGUAUUUUUAUGUUUGUCCUAUACACAACCACUUCCGCCGCCUCUUCUUCGUCCUCACCGCUACCUCUGCCUCCAUCUUUUUUUGUUAGUUACAUCUUUUUUUAGCAUACAGAAAUUGGAAAUGGAACUGCAAGGAUCAGUCAAGUCUCGUAUCUUUUUAUGAUUUGAAUACAGUCCAGAUUGGACCAAAAUGUCAUGAAAUUUUUGUUUAUAAUUUGUGGGCUUAUGACAGUCAUUAUCUUAGUGUUGUACUGUCUCUCUAUAUUUGAAAAAAUGGCCCCUUAAUUUUUUUGGUAUGUACUAUAAUAUGAAUUAGAGGGUACAUUAUACAGAAAUGGUUAUAUGCUGUUUACAAAUUGUAAGCACUAUCUUAGGGAUUAAAGUAUCCUUGAUAUUGCCUAAGUUGAUUGUAGUCUUUAUGAUACCUUAAUUACCACCUUGUAGUCAAUAGGCACUAAAGCUAACUAAACUACUUACAGCUCAGGUUAUUUUGGAUUAUAGCAAAAAUGUAGUACAGCUCAAAGACUUUAAAGAGGCUUUUAAGAUGUGAAGGGCUUCUAUUUGCACUCUUUGUUUUCCACUAUUAAAUUUGCACUUGGGCAUUUCUGUAAUACUGGAUAACUCAAGUUUGAUUGUAAGACUAAAUUUCACCCUUGCAUUUGAUAUUUUUUGUGGUUUAUAUAUAUAUACAUAUUUGUUGCUUUUACUCGUUUAUCUCUGGUUUGCUUUCUGUGUGUAUCAAGUGUCCCUAGAUAACUGCCAGUGUCUUGGAAGGUAACUACUUCAGUUGUGAUUGGUUCAGUCCCACCUUCCCAUUAGCUAGGUAAGGACUCGUAGCAAAAUUAAUUUUAUUGUCAGAUAUCCUUAUGAGCUAGUUUUCUGCAUUUUUUGUAUACAACUAUUUUAAGUUCUAAAAAUGUAAACAGUUUUAAUGUUGAAGUUGCUAACUUUAAGUUUUCAUUUUAUUUUGGAAGUUCAACUUAGCUUUUUUUUUUUUUAAUAAGCUCAUUAAAAAUGCUUUUGCUUUUUCUACUUUAUGUAAGUUGGCCAUGUUAAUUCUGUAAAAUUUUGUGGUGCACAUAAAUCUUAAAUUAGCAUCCUUACCCAGGUAAUUCAUCAAUAUUUUUUGGAGGACUUGUAUGUGUAAUUCUAUUUGUCCUUUCUACAACUAUUUCCUCCUUACCUAUAGAUCAUGUGAAAAUGCAUGUUAUACCUAAAAAAUCUGGUAGUCCCAUAUAUGUGACUCAUUAUCUUAUGGCUUUUGCAAGUAAAACAACCAUGAAACUUAAUUCUCAAUUAGAAAUGAUUUAAAAAUAAGUUUUUGAUAAUUGUAUUGAUCUGAUUUGUAUAUUGAUAAGAAACAACUGUAAACCAUGGACUAAUAUUCUCUUAGACAGGACACUUGAGGGUUGUAGCUGUAAUAUGCUUGUGCUGUGAAUAAUUAAAAUGUUAUUUUGAAGCCCUAAAACGUAUGAGAUUCUAAAUCUGAAAAAUAAUUUGACUUAGGAUUCUGCAUUACAGUACCAUCCUUUUUUCUUUUAAAUCAAUUAUUAUAUAAUUGCUAUAGUUGAAGUAUACUUUGUUCCUUAAAAAAAUUAUGAAUUUUCUUUAUUCCUAAGUAAUUCAAAAUAUACAUAUGGGAAUAGUAAUACUUAUGUUGUAAAUAGAGUAUAAAAAAUAUUCAUUAAUAUCUGAAUAUAUUUAUACUUUAUUUAGCAAUGUAUGAUAAACAUGAAAAGUAAAGUUGAUCAGUUGAUAAACUGCAUUUUGAUAACAUGUUGCUACCUAAUUAUGGUUCAGACUUGAACUUGUCAGAUUUUUCUAACUGUUGUCAUAUUUUUAUUAGUAAUUAUUAUAGUAAAUGUUAAAGCUCAUUUCUGCAUUUUGCAUAACUGCAUAGCAUAAAUGAAACAUUCUUAACACACAUGAAUUUACAUACAGAAAAUAAGAUAAUUAUUUAAAGCAAGCUUGGCAGGAACUGAGAAUUUAUUACCAUUAUUAUUACAUUUGUAUCAUAGCUUUAUUUUUCCCAUUAUAGAGACAGUAAAAGCAGUAUGCUUUCCAGUUGAGCAUAAUCAGUUUGCAUCAAAUUACAACCAGCCUUCUGGAAGUGCUGGGACAUUUCUGAUUUUUUCAUUGGUUUGUGGUAGUGUGAUUUAUAAAUUUUCACAAGACAGUACAGGACAGGUAGUAAAAUUCUAGAUUUAUAAAAAUCAUACUUCAUUAUCAAUAUUGACUUAAAAUGAGUCCAUCAAAUAUGUUUUUGGCAAAUAGCAUGAACAAGCACAUGUGGGUAUUUACAUGAAGUAAACAUUUUACAGCUAACUUAAAAAUUGGAAGUGAAACGGGUAACAUUUCAGUUUAUCAUAGACCUAAAUGUUAUCCGAUAUCAUCUCCAGUUUGUGAAAUAGGUGCGAAUUGUUCCAGCCAUAGUAUUGUGAUUUACAUCAAGCAAGUGUUCACACUAGUUGCAGCUCAUCAUAGUACAAUUUAUGCUGCAGAAAAGCCAAUGAUAAUGAUCUAGUGUGUAAUUUUGCAUUUUAUAAAAAUCACAAAAUGUUAUGUACAGAUUAAUAUGUUAUCUAAACUAUUCAUUAAAUAUUAAGUGAAUAGUUAGAUAACUUUUUAAAAGUAAUUUGGUUUGAGUUGCAGAAAGCUUAGUGUGUGUGCCAUAUAUUUAGCCAAAUUUAAUUAAUUUAUUAUAUAUCAUACAUAGAAAAUACAGUGUUAUAAUUUGAAAAUAAAUAAUCUUGACUUUUAACCCUUUCACUGCCACAAUGCCCAAAAUCAAAAGUGUUGACAGUGGCCAUUCAACUAUUAGUCUGCCCUAAAUGCACCAGCAUGAUAAUGGCUUUGUUUGUACUUAGCAAACCAAAAUUGUAAUUACACAUUCUAACCUUUACAAAGAAAUAAAUCUUUAUCAGAAUUACCCUAUAAAGCACUCAGAAGUCAGUAACUUGGCCCACUUAACACAAAAUUUAGUAAAUUCUGAUACCAAAAUAAACACAGCAUUCCAGUUACCAAUGCAACCUUUCCUUUGUUCAUUAGUCACAUUCCCAGGUCUCUCCUAUAUAACAGUUGCCCUCCAUUAUCACAAAAAAAUCGAAGGUUACCCAAUUUCUCAGGUACUAAAAUAUAACCAAAAAAUCAAGCAGACCUAGUAAAAACCAGUAAAACAGACUGGGGAGGGUCAACCCUUCCUCAGGAUACUCAUCAGAAAUCUAACAUUUCUGCCACUUUGAGGCUUAUUUCAUAGUACUUCCUGUCUGAAACUGGCCAUAAUCAUUUCUAUUUCACUGGUAUUUCUUCUAGUAUAUCAAAAGACACCAAGACACAGCAUAUUAAACCAUGAAAAAAAUACCCUAGAAAACGCCUCACUUACUACAUGUUUUUUAUUAUUAACACACUGGCCAAUUCCCACCAAGGCAGGGUGGCCCGAAAAAGAAAAACUUUCACCAUCAUUCACUCCAUCACUGUCUUGCGAGAAGGGUGCUUUACACUACAGUUAUUAAACUGCAACAUUAACACCCCUCCUUCAGAGUGCAGGCACUGUACUUCCCAUCUCCAGGACUCAAGUCUGGCCUGCCGAUUUCUCUGAAUCCCUUCAUAAAUGUUACUUUGCUCACACUCCAACAGCAUAUCAAGUAUUAAAAACCAUUUGUCUCCAUUCACUCCUAUCAAACACGCUCACGGAUGACCUCUGGAAGUCCAAGCCCCUCGCACACAAAACCUCCUUUACCCCCUCCCUCCAACCUUUCCUAGGCCGACCCCUCCCCCGCCUUCCUUCCACUACGGACUGAUACACUCUUGAAGUCAUUCUGUUUCGCUCUAUUCUCUCUAUAUGUCCGAACCACCUCAACAACCCUUCCUCAGCCCUCUGGACAACAGUUUUGGCAGUCCCGCACCUCCUCCUAACUUCCAAACUACGAAUUCUCUGCGUUAUAUUCACACCACACAUUGCCCUCAGACAUGACAUCUCCACUGCCUCCAGCCUUCUCCUCGCUGCAACAUUCAUCACCCAUGCUUCACACCCAUACAGGAGCAUUGGUAAAACUAUAGUCUCAUAAUUCCCCUCUUUGCUUCCAAGGACAAAGUUCUUUGUCUCCACAGACUCCUAAGUGCACCGCUCACCCUUUUCCCCUCAUCAAUUCUAUGAUUCACCUCAUCUUUCAUAGACCUAUCUGCUGACAUGUCCACUCCCAAAUAUCUGAAUACAUUCAUCUCCUCCAUACUCUCUCCCUCCAUGUAUUUUAAUUAAAUCGAACACAGAUCAGAGGUUUGUUUUUUUUCUCACACACUGCGUGGGGAAAAAGAUUUUUUUAUAUACUGUGCACAUCCAUUUCACAGACCCAUUCUCAUGUCUAAGCCAAAGGUUACCUCUCGCAGCAUGUUUGAGAAUGCUGUGCUUAAAAUGUAGAUAUGUUUGAGCAACACUCAGCAUCAAAAAUGGAGCUCAACAUGGGAGACAGUGAAAGGGUUAAGCAAGAGAAUAAUUGGUAGUAAAGGUAUUAAUUGCAGUCAAGUCCAUUUCUGGUACAGCAAUUUACCUGUAGGUGGGCUUUGCUUAAAAAAGCCUACCCCUGGGUGAAACAUGGUAUCAAUAAAGGACUUCACUAAAGUUAAUAUGUUUACAUUACCACUUGUCAGCAUUGUGCCUAGUUUUCAACAGUAUAUUUACUUAUGUUUAAAUGUGUUGACAACUAAUCUUGUUUCUGCCUUAAGGAUUAAAUAAUGUCCUGGUUUUUAAUUCAAGAUGGCACUUAAGUAGUUAAUGGAUGAAGUUGCAGUAAUUUAUCUAUUGAGUUUAUAAGCUUUUUUGGAUGGUAAUCAACAAAUUAACAUGGCUAAUGCUGCCACUUUAAUCUAUAUAAUAUUUAAAAUAUAGUAUAUGUAUGCCUGUAAACUCAUCACCCUGAAAAUGGCAUGAGUAAAAUGCUGUUAGAAGGAAGAGAAAAAUCUCAAUUCUUAGGGUCUGCAGCAUUUAGACUGGUGUUUGGCACCACUAUACUUUGUUACCUAAUUGGACACAAGAGCAGCUAAUGAGACAUAUUAGGACUCACUCAACAGGAGUUUUAUCAAGCUUCUGGUGAACUAAACAUAGCUAUUAUAAAUGUCUCGCUAAUUGCUCAUGGCAGUUUGCCCAAAAUAUUGGCAUUAAUUUUACCAAUAAUUAUACACUACUUUCAUACAUCUUUUUAUCCAUCCACUGACAAACUUCUUUCCAAAAAUUCUUCAGCAUUUGCAAAUUUCUUUUUCUCAUCUGUAAUGUGAUUCACCUCAUUCUUAAAUUCAUCAGUUAUCCUCUUCCUAGUAUAAAUACAUUCACUUAAUGCUUCCAGUAUCAUUCUCUGACUUGUUUUGUUUACUCUGAUUUUCUUUAUUUAUACACACCCCCAUACAUUUUCCCUGUACUUUUUUUUUAGCUCCUCAUUGGCCACACCUUUUUAGCAUGCAUUUUCUAUAAACGGUACAGUAAUAAUCUUCAUAGCUUUUCACCUAAAGCAUACCUUAUGCAUUUCUAACACUUGACAACCUGAUACUAGAUUCACCUCAUACAACUUUUCAAAAUAUAUGCAACAGAUGGUUCUCUUCCUUGAACUAAGUACUGCUUACCUGUGUGCUUUAAUACAAACACUAAUUUACAUACCAUACCAACUUAGCUUUCUUAAUUGACUAUUUUUUUUCUUAUAAUUUAUUUUUCCAGUCACUCGCCAAUUACAAUUCUGCCAUUAUACUUCAUUUGGUACUCAAACUUAUUCCUGUAUAAUUCUUACUCUUUGUUCCUUUUCCCUCUGUACAAAUAAAUAAACAUAUGAUAAAU